CUUCCUGUUUAGAAUACGACACCAGAAGAAGAGCGGGGACAGCUACUGUCAUACCAGCACAGGGAGACACUAGUAGCAAUUCUUGAUUCAGCCAUUCGCAGUAUACUAAGAAGUUUUUUGUCGGGUUCAUAGUUUGAUCCGUAGAGGGAAACGUCUUUUUGAAGAAACCCAACGUUCUUUCUACCCGGCUAAAUGAGCGGCGCAGCAUUCCCCUCCCCCACUGGAGAGAUGGCAGAGAUGAACCGCAUCCAGUAUGAGUUGGAGUACACUGAGGGAAUCAGCCAGAGGAUGCGCAUCCCGGAAAUGCUCAAAGUAGCUCCUCAUACCCGCGAGGAAUCUAGUGUUGGAUCCCAGGAUCUUCCCCACAGUGUCACAAUGCAAGUCCCAGAAAGGAUUGUGGUUACAGGAGACAGUAACGACACCCAGUAUUCCAUACCCAGAGACCUGGACCUAAUUCAAUCAACACCACUAGAAACACUAUCACUAAAGACUCCACCCAGAGUCCUCACCCUAAAUGAGCGGCCCUUGGACUUUUUAGAAGAUGAGAGUCGGGUGGCUGCAGACACUGAUGACGUGUUACGACCCCAAGGGCGAUUACGACGGGAACGCUCAGCGAGUGAGAAUGCAGCCGUCCGCCACACCAGUCAGCUGAUGCGGAAUGAUUCUGCUGCAGCCCCACCUCCCCCAGCCACUGUCCACCCUUACCCCCCUCUCACCGUGGCUGAGGAGGAACAUGACCUGUACAGCGCUAGUGGUGUUCUGUCUUUCAUCCAGUCCACUACACGUCGGGCUUACCAGCAGGUCCUGGAGGUUUUGGAUGAGAACCCUCGCAGCAAACCAUCUCUGCGAGGGGGGUCGGCUUCAAGCUCUAACCCCCUGCAUGAAUCCAGGCUUGCAUUGUCAACAUAUGAAGCAACACUGGAUGGGGGACCUGAUGAUAUGACUGCGGUUGAUGCGACAACACUUCGUCGUCAGCUGAUCAAGUUGAACCGGAGACUCCAACAUUUGGAAGAGGAGAACAGGGAGCGGGCAAAGCGAGAAAUGAUUUUGUACUCGGUCACUGUAGCUUUCUGGCUUGUCAACACCUGGGUGUGGCUGCGACGUUAAAGCCAUCUUAUAGUUCUACUGUCACUAUGACAGGAGAAUAUAGUAUUCCAUAAUUUAUGUGUCAAAUCUUAGCUUCUUGCUGCACUCUGGUCCUUGUGUGAAGAACACCUGCUGCAAACAGGACUGGAAUUCUGAUUUUGUUUAUUUAAUAAAUAUAUAGUUUUAUUUUUUUACUCUUUUUUUCACUGUCUACUCUGAUUUCUCAUGUUUUGUCUUAAUUACAAACCUUCUUGCUCAUUGCUUAGCAUGUCUUGUUGUAAAUAUCUUUUUUUGCCAGUCAGAGCUGUGGGGAACAAAGUAGCCAUACCUACGUAACUAUCAAAGUUUACUUGAGUAGCAAAUGGGGCUGCAAUGUGAAGAUGUAAGAUAAUAUUUGAUGCAGAGAUUAUGUAACUUGAAAUGGGAGUUGUAACUGUUUAGUAAAAUCGUACACAGAAUUUAUUGUCCUGUAUUUAAUUGACUAAACACACAGUGUUAUAAUUGGUGUAAUUUUAAAAACGAAUACAUCUUUUUCACAUUUGACGUUUUACUUUUGACGUUUUUUUUUUCAAUUGACAAUUUCUGCAUAAAAACUCUCUAAAAUGAAUCAGUGUUAGAAUAGGAUAAUGUCACAUUUUUCUUUAUUUGCGGUGUAUAUUUGUUAUAAAUAUGUGUUGUCUUGUGUGUUAUUUCUGCUAAAGAAGAAUUACAAUUUAAAAGAUUUAUUUUAUUUUUUACACAAACCAAAUCAUUUUGCUAUAACAUUUACAUUUCAAAAUGGAAACAUUUGAAAAGUCAAAUAAAUGCUGCACUCAAAUUGGA